AUGAGCGACGACCAGCAAAUUUUGGCUGCCAAGGAGCUGGGUAUGGUUUUCAACUACAUGAAUGAAGAUGUAAUAUGGGAUAAAUUUUGCGACACUUACGAGGCCAUGCGAGACUUACUUGGGGAUUUUCAAGCCUUCUAUCGGAGCAACCCCAGCCCCAAUCUACCUCAAGCCAAUCUCCCAGACCUACAAAAGGAAUGGGAGAAUUUCAUUCAUGCUUCUCUCGAACAGAUUGUUCACAACGGAAGAGUGUCAUUUGAUUCAAUGAGAGACAACAAGUACGUUGACGUUGUCGCAAAAUUCGCUUCUUGGUUCUAA